UCAGAAAGCCUAUGGAUGUCACAGCUCUGGGGUGGAGCUUGUAUUCCCCGGCCCCUCUUUUGAGAAAGGCUCCUGCCCUAAGCUUAUGGGCUUUUAUGCUGCAUUGCCUUUUUCUGAUGAGGAUCUAAGUUGUAAUUAAAUUUCUGAAGAACAGUUGAAACUCCUAUUGACUGCAAUGGGGAUGUUCCAGCCUCUGGUCAUUGAGUUGCGAGAAUAUUUAAAUAUGAAUCGGUUAAAGCAGUGGAGCUUUAUGUAAGACAUGGAUAGAUGCAAACAUGUUGGGCGGCUACGACUUGCCCAGGACCAUUCUAUCCUGAACCCCCAGAAGUGGCACUGCAUGGACUGCAACACCACAGAAUCUAUUUGGGCCUGCCUGAAAUGCUCCCAUGUGGCCUGUGGAAGAUAUAUUGAGGACCAUGCACUUAAACAUUUUGAAGAGACCAGGCAUCCUUUGGCUAUGGAAGUUAAUGAUCUUUAUGUGUUUUGUUACCUUUGUGAAGACUAUGUGUUGAAUGAUAACCCCGAGGGUGACUUGAAAUUACUUAGAAGUUCUCUAUCUGCAAUUAAAAGCCAGAAGCAUGAUCCAUCUGCUAGAAGUGGUAGGACGCUGCGGUCAAUGGCUUUGGGGGAGGAUGUUUGCAGUCAUCAGAGGGCCCCUCAGGGACAGCCUCAGAUGCUUACAGCUCUCUGGUACAGACGUCAGUCAUUGCUGGCAAAAGCACUGCGGACUUGGUUUGAUAAGAGCUCUAGAGGCCAGCGAAAACUAGAACAAAAGAAACAAUUGGAAGAGCUGGAGAGGAAGAAGGAAGUGGCCAGGCAGCGGCGUCAAGAGAUGAAGCGGAGAUUGUUGGAAGAACUGGCAAACACUCCUCCAAGAAAAAGUGCCAGGCUUUUGUCACACAUUCGCAGAGAGAAUCUGAUUCCUCGGAAGUUCAGAGAUAUGGAAGCAAGUUCCCCUACCUCAAGACGAGUGCAGAGUAGCAAAUUCAAACAAUUCUAUUCCAUCAGGCGUAAGCCUUUCAUGACUCCUGGUGUGACUGGACUAAAGAAUCUAGGAAAUACGUGCUACAUGAACUCUAUUCUUCAAGUUUUAAGUCACCUCCAAAAGUUUAGAGAAUGUUUCUUGACGCUGGAUCUUUGUGAAACUGAAGAACUCUUAGCUAAGACAGUGAAUGGAAAGUCUAGAAUGUCUGGAAAGCUAGUCAAUGGGCCUGUUCCAAAUGAGUCAGGGAGGAAUGAUCAACUGGGUUCACACGGCAGGCAGUGCCUGCCUGCUGGCUUAAAUGGUGGGUCCUCAAUAAACAAAAGUUUAGAACUGAUACAGCCCAAGGAGCCAAGUUCAAAGCACAUCUCUCUCUGUCAUGAACUGCACACGCUGUUCAGAGUCAUGUGGUCUGGGAAGUGGGCCUCAGUGUCCCCUUUUGCCAUGCUGCACUCUGUGUGGAGUCUCAUUCCAGCAUUUCGAGGUUAUGACCAGCAAGAUGCUCAGGAAUUUCUCUGUGAAUUGUUGGAUAAAGUGCAGCAAGAGUUGGAAUCCGAAGGAACAAAACGCAGGAUCCUUAAGCCUUUUUCGCAGAGGAAGCUCACCAAGCAGGUCCUGAAGGUGGUAAACACCAUUUUUCAUGGGCAGCUGCUCAGUCAGGUCACCUGUAUAACAUGUAACUAUAAAUCUAAUACUGUGGAACCUUUCUGGGAUCUUUCCCUGGAAUUUCCUGAACGUUAUCACUCCAUCAACAAAGGGAUUGUGCCUGUUAAUCAGACAGAGUGCAUGCUGACUGAAAUGUUGGCCAAAUUCACAGAAACAGAAGCUUUGGAAGGGAGGAUUUAUGCAUGUGACCAGUGCAACAGCAAACGACGGAAAUCUUCUCCCAAACCUCUUAUUCUGAGUGAAGCUAAAAAGCAGUUAAUGAUCUACAGACUACCUCAGGUCCUCCGGCUGCACCUUAAACGAUUCAGGUGGUCUGGACGUAAUCACCGUGAGAAGAUUGGGGUCCAUGUCCUCUUUGACCAGGUAUUAAACAUGGAACCUUACUGCUGCAGGGACACUCUCUCCUCUCUUGACAAAGAGACCUUUGUCUAUGACCUCUCGGCUGUGGUGAUGCAUCACGGGAAAGGGUUUGGCUCAGGACAUUACACGGCAUAUUGCUACAACACAGAGGGAGGGUUUUGGGUCCACUGCAAUGACUCCAAACUGAAUGUAUGUAGUGUGGAGGAGGUAUGCAAAACCCAGGCCUACAUUCUUUUUUAUACUCAAAGAACUGUGCAGGGCAAAGCAAGUAUCUCAGAAACACAACUUCAAGCUCAGGUGCCGUCCAAACACAGCGAUAAAGAUAGAAGACUGACACUCCCCUGAAAAGAAGCAUCAACUGGCUCAUUUUUAUUUUAUCUUUUAAAAAGUCUUCUGGAGUUCACUCAUCUUCACGGGAACAAAUACUGCUGCAGGAAUUAUUUGGAUCCACAGUCUGGAAAAGUGGGCCUCUUACUAUGUGCAACUAUGUUCUAUGAGAUUGUAGCAGAACAUCUAUUUUUUUUAAGGACAGAUAUAUUUGUAAAACCCUUCCUCCUCUCAACAAAACAAAGAGUAACAGCCUCCAAUGUCCAGAACUAUUUAUCUUCUUUCAAAGAGAAGUCUAAUAUGGCGCUGAAAAGUAGGUGCAUCCAAAUUUCUGUGUACAACCAGGAUAUAAAGCCAUCAAACUGACCAUAAAUAUAUAAAUUCAUCCAGAAAAAGAAUAAAUAGGCACAGUAGACUCCAUUUAAUCCUUGAUCUCUUGAUGUGUUGAACAGUUGUUGCACCCCUUGGUGUAAACAACUUACCCAGUUAUUAUACAAUGUAUAAGAUAUACAUCAUCUUUUAAACCCAGCAUAAUUUGGGUAGAUGGUGUUGUACUGUACUAAACACAUGCUAAGAUCUUUUAGGAAAAUGUGUUCAUUGGCCUUUGUUUCUUACGUUGUGUAAUAGGCCUGGCAUCUUUUGUCCCCUGCAGUCAUUCCAGCUUCUUGGAAUGAAUGAAAGCUGGAAUUAUACACAACACUGAAGAAUAUCACUUACUUGGAGUAUGUACUAAAAUUAUAGAAACGAUUUCUCCCCCUCUAUUUUUAGCCUGUGCUAAUAAGACAAAAGUGUAGACUGUAUUUACAGUCUACAUUUUCCUAUGUAAUGAUUGCAGCUGUAUUGGCUAUAACAUGAUGAUUACCUUAUGAAUAGGUCAUGUGACUCCACCCAGCUUCACAGCUGAGGAUCAGAUUUCCUUAUUAAUUAAUUAUUUUCUUUUUCAUCUGCUGCUAUUGGAACAUGUCAACUUUUGCCCUAACUGCAUAACAACUUCUCAUGUGUAAAGAAUGACCAGGGAUGUAGUAGCCAUCACACAGAUAAAGAUAGAAUAGGCCCUGACUUAAUGUCCUCUAUUUUGUGACCUUCCUCCUAGUCACUUUCCCUUUCUUAGUGUUUUGGGGGCAGUGGGAGCUCAGGGUCGCAUAUGGAAGGGAAGUAUUCAUCCUCAUUCUCUUCCCUCACCCCCAGAUCUUUCAGCCUGGAGACAUAGUUCACACAGAACUGCAGAAAACUAGUCAAACUGUGACAUUGUGUGUCAUCACACAUGAUUUGUUACAUGCACAUGAUAAUUUCAAGAGGAUUUAAUAAUUCAUUAGCAUGAUAUCUAUAGUGAUUACAGUUAGAGUUCUUGUUGACCUUGUGUGAUUACCACUGUUGCAGCUCUGCAGAAAGGAUAGACUUAAAAACACAGGUCUCAGUGUGGCUGCACAAAUUCCUUCUUUUGAAUUAGGAAAUAUUGACAGACAUCACACAAACCCCCACACUGUCCACUUAAGGAAGAUAAAGCACAUGAAAUAUAGAUAACUUUUCUUUGAGGGUGCUUUUUUGCCACUGUUUCAGGAAAUCAUAUCCAAUUGCUCAUAAAGAAAUAAGCCUAUUAAAAUGUGGCAGAAAUGGGUGCCACCUCAUCGUAAAGCCAAUGGAGCUUGAUUCUGACCCAGUUGCUAUAGAUGCUGAGCUUCAUAAAAUUUGAGAAAUCUAAUCCUGCAAUUGUAAUGAUCAGACACCAGUGUUUAACUGCCACUGGAUUUGUCUGUUAAAGCAAAACACAUGUACUUCAGAAAACAUUUCUAGAAAAAAAGCACAGGUCUUUGCACAAGUCCUGAAAAUAGAACAUCCGCUUCUCUGAGUAGGAUUCAGCAUUCAGUGUGAAUUAGAAAAUGCUGGGGGAAAUGGCAUUUGCACUGGCCUGCCAAAGCCAAAUCCUGGCAUGGCAGUGGAUAUAUAUGACUGGCUGGACUUUAAAAGAUGGACAGGAGUCUGGCAUGCUAAAAUUUUCAAGUGCUUUCCUACAGGUACUGUGAACCUGUCUUUCCAAGUCCAUUAAUAGCUUCCUGAUAAAAUUGAAUUGCAAAACAAUUGAAACAACAAAAAGCAAAGGGCUUGACCCUUCUUGCUGUAGCACUAAAUUGGAAGUAGAAUGUAGCAGGGGGUUCUUACACACAGCUAUGAUCUUGGACCAUGUAGUACACUUUGAUUCUGCUAGAUGUUGGUCUGUGUUUGGAAUGGUAGAAAUUGGCAUGGUACAGAUUAAACAAAAAGUUUCAGGUGUAUUAGGUCAGCAUGUUUAAUACUCCAGAAAGUUCUAUCAAGAAGCAUCCUUAGUGAUAAAUUCAGUUAAAGAAGCCCAACCUGUUGUCGAAUAGCAGACAUUACAAUUAACUUUGUUUUUAAAUAUGAAAAGUUGAGUUUCUACAAAUCACAAUGUGGCAUUGCAGUCUACAGCUAUGAAACCAGAUUUCUCACUAGGAGGGUUGCCAACUGAGCAGAGAAAAACCCAGCCUAAAUGCUUGUUAGUAGUAAUUUGAUGUGCAGAAAUUAGCAUGUGAAGCUUUUCAUGGCUAUCAUCUGCUAUUGCCUACACAUCAAGCUGCUGUUGAAGGCAUAGUUACAGCAUUUGGUUAAAGAGCUGGAAAGUUACCAUUAAUACUCAUCUUUUGACUGAGUAUUGCAUCCAUAUUUAAGUUGGAACAACUGACACCUAAAUUAGAUGCAUCAGGAUAUGAGGGGGGAACAAAAUGGCUUUGGGGUGGGCUGUAUGGGUAGCCAUGAAUGCUUUGUGUGUCAUAAGCAGAUUUGGACAGUAGUAGCCUGUCUUGUGAUUAAUGGAGUGCCAGGAGAUGUGGAAAAGAGUGCAAUUAAAAAGUUACCUUGAUGGGGAAGGAAGAAACUGUGCUUUUGAACUGUGCUUGCUGUUUCCAACACUGUGAGGUUUCUGUAAUUACUUAGCUUUUAUUUGGAAGCGAUAGCGUACAGCAUUUUUAUGCUGUUUCUUUUAUAUCUGUCUACUGCAAGCAGUGCUCUUGCUAUGCUGUACACUGUUUUAAAGUGUCCUGGUUGGCAGAAAAUUGAAUAAAAAUUGACAUCUCUUGAUAGUUCCAUAUCUUGCCAUUAUAAUGGAAGCCUAACAGAUAACAUGUCUUCCCAUGUUAAUUUUCCUAGCCACAUUCAGUCCUUUGUUGCUUAUGUGUUAACCAGGCUAACUAGUCAGCUUUCAUCCUGAAAAAUGUUUAACACUGAGCAGUGCUUCACUUAUCUCAAGAGCUACCAUGCACCUGUUAGGGUAUGACCAAAAGCACAUCUACAUUUGUUAAUCUAUGGAAAUAGUUCCAUUGUCUUUAUGACUUAUAACCCUAAACAAGUUUAUUAGGAAGUAAGCUCAUUUAACUCAGUGAGACUUAUUUCUGAGUAAACAUGUUUGGGAUGUAAGAAGUGUACACACAGGAGCAAAAUUAGAGCCAUUUAAAGUAACAGUGUUCGUUAUCAACAGAGCAAAACUAGUUCUGUGUCUAUAGCUAAAACUAGCCAUGAAAAAAUAAAGAUGGGUGGAGCAAUUCAGUACAUCAAAUGUUUGAAAACAAAUAUUUAUUAAUAUAGCUCAGGGUUUUACUAGCUUCAUGUGAGAUUUCAAGGUCUCAAAAGUCUGUGGAAGUGCAAGCAGCCACUGACCAAAACAAAAUGGCUUUGAAAUAGGGGUUAAUGUUCCUAAUCAAAUGUUGGACCACUUUCAUUAUUGCCUACUUCCCCUUACUGAAGGCAAAAUUAGACAUUACCCUUGACAACAAUAGCAUUGCUGGGUAAAUCUUCCUCCUUCCCCCAUUACAUUUAGGCACUAAUCCAAGGUGUGACACUACAUUGUGGUUUUUUUGUCCCACAAAUGGGAAAACACAAUGCUGUCGUGAGAUGGGUAUGCCUAAAAGUUAUUGAGGACGGGAGAAUAUUCCACAAGGGGCUGUGAUUUUCAGUGACAGGUCCAUAUUAAGUAUAAUAAGUAGUCCCACCAUGCAUCUCUGCAACCCUAGGGUUUUAAAACAGAGAACCACCCUCAAUUUUUGUUACAAUAAAGGCACAGGAGGACAGAUACCUAUUUAUACAGUUGUACUUUCACAGCAUCUUGAAUAUAGAAUUGUAACCAGCAUUAUCUAACUUGUUCUUAAGAUUUGUGGAGAAAGGGAACAAUAUAUUUAAGGAAUCCUUUUAUAUCUGAGGUCUAUUACAGGCACUAAGAAAAUAUUACUAAUUUUACAAACCAAUCAAGAAUAUGAAUAUCCCAGCAAACUACUCACUAAUACUGCAAAGUUGAACUGUGCAAUUAUUUGGGUUUUUUAAUUUGCUUUUGAACUACAGAGUUGAUAUAAAAUGUUAAGUCAUACUCAGUAGUGGGCCUACUCUUCAUAUGAGUAAUGCUGGAUCACCCUAGGUGUGUGUGUUCACUUCAGGGAAACCAUAACACGCCUGUCAAUUAAAACACAAAUAAAUUUGUUGUUAAAUGUGUCCUAUGGACUCACAAGGAGAACUUUAAAAACAUACAUGUUGUCUCUUUUUGAUUGUAAAGUUCCAUUAUACUAAUAGGUCUGUGUGCCAGGUAUGUCUGAUGAGGGAAAAUGAGUUUUGAAUGUCAAAUUAUUUCCAACACAAACUGCACCCACGUUCCAACAGUAUUGCUGACUGAAAAUAAUUUGUAUGAAUGAGGUGAAAGUUAGGGGUGGAAUUACUUUUGCCUACCGAUAAAGCUUUGUGAACAAUUUUUUUAGGAUAAAAAAAUUGGUGCCUUGUAUCUAAUUACAUUUUGCAUGGGACACAAGUUUAAUUUCCCCCCCUCCAAAAUCUGUGUCUUUACAAUACUUUAGUAGUAUUGGCUUUUUUACAUUUCAUAUCUGUAUGUGACUGGGAAAAAAUGGUUCCUACCAGCAAUUUGAUGUAUUUUACUGUUUGUGUCUAAAGACUGUAUUUCUAAUAAUGCAAAUGAUUUGCUCAAAAGUAGAUCAUAAUUUUGCUUUUUUGUGUUACAUCUUUGUCAGUAAAAACUUUUUCAAAUUAGGAUUUUUCCUUUUUAAACAAGUACUUCAUAAUUUAUGAUGUGAAUGCUAAGAAUGCCUGAAGCAACCUAUUGACAAAGCAGUUUGGAAAAGGCUCUGAAAUUACUGACACCUGUUCUCUUCUACCAUGGUACUGCUUCCCUCUACUUCUAAUUUGAAGAGGACAGUGUCAUAUCUUUAUAUAGACAGUAUAUGAUAUGUAUAGGUGCUUGAGGCUAAAUAUCUGUAUGUAAAGGUGCUUAACAGAAUCCAACAUCUACUGAACAUUGUUUCAUGCCAUCAGGCCUAGCAUCUAGUCUACCUAGAAAUACCUGUUUAUCCUUGAAUAGCAUCUCAAAUAGGAUAAAGCAUGGCCACUUUUACAUUGUUUCGGUAUGCAUACUCUGAAGAAAGUCAAAACACAUCUUAAUCAGCCUAAGACUAACCAACUACUUACAGUGCAGAAUGCUCAGUAAGUAUGUAACAAAAUGCUGUGUGGAAGGUUGAACUUAAUUGUUGUCUCCAAAUUCAGUUUAAGUGGGAGUCUGGAAAAGGGAAAUUGUAAACACAGCAACGAUAAAGCAAAAUGUUGUGAUACAAUGUGGAACUUUAUAAAAAAAGUCUGCUUAAAAAUACAUAAAAAUCUUGAGACUAUACAGGUAGUAUCAGUUGAAGAAAUAAAAAUAAAGCUAGGGUUGCCAAGUUUUAAAAAGCAUUAAUAUAAAGUGGAAGUAGCCUUACCUACCUAUUUCACCCCUGCCCCCAGUCCUUGUAUCUAUCGUCCCACUGCCUAUAGCCAGGUGUCCUGCUUCCUACUGCAGUCAGGGUAGGAACAGGUGCAAAAUGCCUCAGCUAUUCUUAUCUGACUUUCUAAAGGUAAAAGUCAUCCUGAAUCAAGCAACACAUCUUGCAGCUUUUUUUUUUUAACUUCACUCAAUCCAAAGUAAUUAAUACUCCAAAUAAGUCAAUUAUACAGACUUGGGGUGGGUGGGGAAUAUGAUUAGAACUGAACACAGAACUUGGCAUUUUGACACCAAGUCUUGCUAGCUGUUUUAUACUGAGGGCAAGCACCAUUUUGUAAUCAAACAUGCAAACUUUUGUGAAAAAGGCUUUUUUAUCCCAUUAAAAGUUUCACUGUUUCUGAUGAAAUUUAAUAGUCUAACGUUGGAUGUACCAUAAGGGUCAACUGGGGGAAAGAGACCCAACAGCUUUAGAGACAGCAGCAGAGGCCAUGUGGGAUGAGACAUCAGCACUGAGCUAGCAGCCUCUGCCACCUACUGGUGAAGACAUCCGGUCCCAUUCCCCAUAAGUCAAUACUGGCAGCCUCUUACUUACUUACCAAUGUGCUACUUUGCUAGCCACCAGUGGCAGAGAUGUUCCUGAUGAAGCAUGAACAGGCCUCAUGGUUGAUAAGACAUUUUAUCUUUUUAAAUCCCAGAAUUCAGUAGUUAAUGUUCAGGAAGUUUUGGUCCAGCUUUCAAAGGCAACAGUAGAUUUCUACAACUAAAUCUUAAGUGCACCUAAGCAUCUUAACUCAAGUUCAGAUAUAACAAACACACAGAAUGGGCACUGGUUGCACUUAAAAAUGUAAAUAUAAGCACACAUUCCCAGAAAGAGGCUCCAAUGAAGUCUAUGGAACUUACUUAAAAUGAGGGUGCUAGACUAAUUAGCCUUAAUACAAGAGCAAACUUCUGCUAUUUGGUUUUAAAACUUUGUUACUACAAAAUGUUUUAAAAUGUAAGUGUUCUGAAAAUACUUGAUUUCUGAAAUUAACAUGCACAAAGCUCAGCAAAUCUCUCAAAUGACAUCUUCCAGUGGUAUCAUGCCUACUUCACAGUGAACGUUUCUUGACAGAAGUACUUAAUUUCCAAGAGCUCUCCAAAGCCAUACAUUUUCUUAAUAUUAAAUAAUUCUAGAAGUAAUUUAAAUGUAAUAAAGAAGUCUGUACAGCUUUGUCUUUUAAAUCAGUCUCUAAAAUGCACAUUUAUGGCUACUUGCUAUUUGCACGGGGGCUUUAAGGCAAAGCUGCUUGCAGUUCUUGUUCGGGGUUGUUUACUUUGCUGACAUUCCACACUCUGGCAAUGGAUGAAGCUGCCUCUGUUCCAAAGGAGGUUUGCAGGGUAGUAGGUAGUGAUGGAGGUCAGAUCCAUUAAUGACCAACUGAUUUUACCAACUCACUACACAAAUGUUUUUGAAACAGCUACCUAUCUUUACAAACUGAACUGGAUUUAAUAGUUUAUAAAUACAAAUAAUCAAGAGCUGCAUUAUAAACUGGUACAAACCUGCAAGUUGGAAUCUAGGUUAUACUGAAUAAUAUGUUCUUUCUACCAAAGACCAUACUUCCUGGGAUUUGGGCAAACACUACCCACAUAGGGUCAGUGCUUUAAUUCCCCCUUGGUGGGAACUGUGGUCUUAGUUAACAGUACGUUACUCCAUAGGAUUCAACUACCUUUUAUCCCCUUAUGGGAAGAAAAGGUGGAUAGCUCUAACAAAGAAUAAUAAUUUUAUUGUUAAAGGGAAAUUUAAGAGUCACACUGCAAUGAUAAUGGCAUUCUUCUGCAGAACCCACAGCAUCCCAAUCCAUAUGAUUUUUUAAAAAAACAUUUCCUGUUAACCUCAGAGGCAUUAUAGAGCAGUCCAAGACACCACAAUGCUAUGCAACAGCAAACAGCUCCUUUUCCACAUACAAUACACAAUCAUAAUUAACACCACACAACUGUUAUGCUGGCUGAAAAUUGUUCCUAAUUAAGGCUCACCUAGGCCUUUUAAAAAUGUAUUUUCCCUUUGAAUAGUUAACAUGGCCUACUUAAAAACACACAGGACUGGGGCUUGUUACUUCUUUAAGUGUGAAAUAUGAAUCAUGUUUUUAUGAUUUUUGUAAAUCUUUACUCUUUUUACCUUGUUUUUGUAAGCUGAAGUUUCCUAUUAAAAUGAAA